AUGACGACCGAUAGAAGUCGCCCAGAGCGUGUUGAGGAGCAGGACUCGGUCAAAGUCUGUGUGCGCAUUCGACCACUCGGUUCCAAGGAGAAGCACGAGCAGACGAAGAGCUGCAUCCGGAUUGCUGCAUCUUUCGACGGAUUAUCAAGUAGCAACACUUCUGCCUCGUCACGAGAUGGAUCCACGAGGGGCCCUCAACAGCUCAUCGUCGGAAAAGACCGCGCUUUCACUUUUGACAACGUUCUAGGUGUCACCAGCUCGCAAAUGGAGACGUACCGGUUGUGUGUGGCGCCACUGGUUCAAGGGUUCUUGGACGGCUACAAUGCAACCGUGUUAGCCUAUGGCCAGACAGGCACGGGAAAGACCCACACGAUGGCUGGAACUGGGUUUGAUGGUCGAGGUCGAGAGAAGAAUGGGGAGUUGCAAGGCAUCAUUCCAAGGGUGAUUAAGGCUGUUUUCAAGAAGCUACAGCACGAAGAAAAGGGUGACAACCAACGUCGGAGUGACCACACAUUACGAGUCGAGUAUGUUGAAAUCUACAACGAAGAACUUCGAGAUCUUCUCCAUCCAGAAACGACCUCGAAACAACUAGCAAUUCGUGAAGACGGAGAAGGGAAUAUCGUGAUCGCUGGGGUGAAAUCGGAGCCUGCAGACUCGAUGGAAGCGGUAUUCAGACAUUUGGUUGUUGGAGGCGCAUCACGUGUGACUGGUAGCACGUUGAUGAACGAGCACUCGAGUCGUUCGCACGCAAUCUUCAGUCUGCUACUGGAACAGCGAGACCUCACCUCAGGCACGCGCCGAUUCUCGAAAUUUCAUCUCGUAGACUUGGCUGGAUCCGAGCGUGCUAAGCGCACUGGAGCCGUGGCAGGUCGCUUCAAAGAAUCUGUCAGCAUCAACCAAGGACUUCUGGCGCUCGGUAAUGUUAUCAGUGCGCUUGGAGACGACAAACGGCGCAUUGGAACUGCUGGGGGCACUGUACACGUGCCAUAUCGAGACUCGAAGCUCACACGUCUGCUGCAAGACUGCUUAGGGGGUAAUGCUCGGACUUUGAUGAUCGCGUGUGUGAGUCCAGCGAGUGUGAACUUUGAAGAAACCCUCAACACGCUCAAGUACGCCAACCGUGCGAAAAACAUCAAGAACAAGCCGAUUGUCAACGACCGCGUCGCUAGCGAAGAAGAGCGUCAACGCAACGACCUGGAGAUGACACGCAUGAGAGAAGAGAUCGCCAAUCUCCAAACACAACUCCAACAGCACAAGACAGUGACGCCACCGUCACGGACACCAUCUCGCCCACCUUUGUCGAUCGGGAAGAAGGAGAAAGCCGCAGACAGCGAGCGAGAUUUGGCUGUUGUAAGCCGUGAACUUGCACAGGCCACGAAGUGUGCGAGUUUGUAUGGAGACGCCGUGGAAAGUAUUCGUACUUACUCGAUGGAAGCGGCUACACUCUUGGUAGCAAUGGAGCGAGAGAUCAUCUCGUUGGGGAGACCAGUUCAGCAGCGACUCAACGAGAUCGUGAAGCUACUUAACGCUUCCAUUCAGACGGCGAACUGUAGUGUCUUAAGUGCCAAGAAGCUGAUGCCUUCCCCGUCUCGUCGACAAGUGAAGGAUGAUCCUGCAAGUCAGGACGGUGAUUCGUCUCAACAGGAGGAAGAUACGACGAUUGUCCAGCAACUACGUCAUGAACUGAAGGAAGCCAAGACGAAUUUGGCUCGAGAUGAACAGAUUUUCGAGAUGAAGAAUGUCGACAUUCAAAAGCUUCAGGCGCUGCUAGUGGAGGCGAAGGGAAAGAACGAGAAACUUAUCCAGCGAGUACAAGAACUGGAGCGUGGUGGCCAGCUCUGGUCGAAUUCCGAAGCUCCACGCUCGAGAGAAAGAGAAAGCAAGGAACAGGGAGGCGAAACCUCAGACCGUACGACUACUUCAUCUCCUAGAGGUCGAAGCUCACGAUCUUCCAGUAGAAGUAAGAUACUAACAGCGUCACGUGGACUAUUUACUCGUCGUGGUGGGACUGCUGCAGCUUACGAUGGAGACGAAGACAAGGUGGUGAUGGACGAUGAGGACGACGAGUCCAGGAUGCCGUCUGCUCCACGCAAAUCCAGGAACGGGGCGAUCGGAUUCUCGCGUGGAAGUAGCAGAAGUGAUAGCACUCGAGGCAGUCUCACCUCGGGCACUCGGUUGAAAACAAGCGAAGCGAUUGAGAAGCUCGAGACCACCAUCGCUGCUCUACAGGAGAAACUCGAGGAGCUGCAGAAGAAGAAUGAGGAACUACUGGACGCCCGUGAGGGGUCUACCAGGCGCUGGUCCUUGGAACGGCAGAACUACGAGCGUCAACUUCGUGAGGCCGAACACUCGAUCGAGGCGCUGAAACGAGACAACCAGAUCCUCGAAGACUCGGUGCUUGAUGACACUGCAAAGGCGACAAUGAUUGAAGACCGACCGGAUACGACUGCUUCAAGCAAGUCAGGACGUCCGCCAAUCGCUAGCAGACCAGUCGACAAGGAAGCUAUGGUAGUUGCCUUUGAAAGCAGCGUCAAGCAGUUGAUCGAGUAUCAUGCGACGCGACGAGAAGUGGUUCACUUGCUGAAGGGCAAGAAAGAGGCUGAACAGAGCAGAAGCGAAGCAGCUCGACGCGUUAAUGCGUUGGAGAUGCAGAAAAUGCGUCAGAGCUUGGGCGUGCGUGAGAGUAUCUCGGAUUUAUCCAAGUCUCUUCAUGUGCUCGACGAGAAAAUGCAGGCAGCAUCCAAGUCUCUUGAGGAACUUGAGCGGUUGAAGAAGCUGCGAGCACGUGCAGAGCAGAAGCUCAAAGGCCUGCGUAGACAGGAAGAGAAGGCUGAGUUCCUGGACAGUGCAGCUCAACAGGAACUUCAGGAUCUCGAGGAGUUGAUCGUCGACUUGGACUCGCACAUCGCCUUCCAGGACGCCGAGCUGAAGGCUGCUCGAAAUGAUCUACUGGCUAUCAAACAUCGCUCGGAAACCACGGACGCCAAGUCACCUCUUGAUGGUCUAGCCAACAGUCUGGUUCAGCAUCUUGGACUCGGUAAUGCCGAGGCUGCGGGUGCUGCAGCUUCUGUCGUGGGAAAAUGUCUGGACGAGGUAGCGCGACUUCGAAUGCGUGUGAGUGAGAUGGGGAGCGAAGUUCAGGAGCUGCAAGGAAUGCUGGACGAGCGUAACGAGGCUCUCAGUCAGCUGGAAAGUGGCCUGGCAGUGGCUCGCGAUGAAUUUGACCGACGUCUUGCAGCUCAACAACAAGCGAGUGAUGAGGCCAUGGAGCAGCUCAAGAAGAUGCAGCCCAAGGUUCUUUGGCAAAAGCUAAUUGUUCGUUGCCAGAAGAAGGACGAGUACAUUGCCGACUUGGAGAAGCACCUGGUGUUCUACAAGUCUAAGGCGAAACAGAUGCAGGCUCAACUACAGCAGCUCAUCCGGUCGUCAACUGAGCAGCAAGAGCAGUCCGAGGACGGAUCUUCCGAUGCUGAACGAGAGCGGCAACUACAGCGGAGGAUUCAGCAACUCGAGGACGCUAAUGACGCGCUUAUGAAAGAUCUGGCCACUGCCAAAGUCUACCUUCGAGCUUCUCAGACUCGAGGCAGCGACGCCAGAAGCAGCGGAGAACACGCUGGAGCGAAAGUAGUUCGGGUCUCCCGGAGUGAGCUCCGCGAACUUGCAGCUCCUCCAGCUCCACCUUUACAAGCCUCAGACCUACGUAAGGAGUGA